GAGGCGAGCCUGCGGGCCGCGGCCGAGACGCGCUCCCGCGCGCAGGCCACGGUCGCGGACGCCGCGGAGGCCUUGGCGGCGGCGGACCGCGAGCUCGCCUCGGCCCGCGCAGGGCUGGCCGGGCGCGCGUUGCUGGGCCGGUCGGCGGGAUUGCGCUGGCAGGCGGAGGGGUCCUGGCGCGCGCAGCUGGCGUGCCUCAGAGGCUGGCGCGGCCGCCUGGAGCUCCGCCGCGCGGCGCGGCGGCGCAGGGACGGCGCCGUGCGGCGCCUGGGGGUCGUUGCCGAG